AUGAUGGGUGUCAUUUGUGAUUCUACAUGCGGCCUCCGUGACUUGAAGACAGCGGCACAGGAAGAGUUCAACCUUUGUUUUCUACGUCUUACCUGGGAGGGCCAAUGUUUGGAACCACGACGACGGCUGGAGGAUGUGGGAUUGAAAGAUGGGGAUAUCGUGACGGCCCUGGUGCAAGCUCCAAAAUUAGCCGCAGGACGUUGGGCCAAAGCCUUUGCCCUGAUCUCGCGCACGGGAAAUGUGGCCACCUGGGGUCAUCCGGAUUUCGGCGGGGAUAGUUCGGCCGUUGCGAAGCUGCUGCGCAACGUGCAGCAGAUCAAGGCCACCACCGGCGCCUGCGCGGCACUGCGGAGCGAUGGACGGGUGGUCACCUGGGGUGAAGCUUCACUUGGAGGAGCCUGCGAAGGAAUCCAAGAGAUGCGGGAUGUGAAAGAAAUCCAGGUGGCUCCCCCUUGUGGCUCCACCUUGUGGCUCCACAGCAAGGCAUCCGAGCGGGGUUUCGCAGCCAUCACCGAAGGCGGCAGUGUGGUGGUGUGGGGCUGGGUGGGCGACACCGAUCAAAUCGAAGAUCAGCUCCACGACGUGACAAGCAUAGAGGCCACAGCUCUGGCCUUUGCUGCCAUUCGAUCAGACGGCCACGUCGUUUGCUGGGGACCGGACAGCUUCGGAGGGAACACCACCGGUGUUCAGCCGGAACUUGAGAACGUCGUGGAGAUCGCCGCCGGGCACCGCGCCUUCGCGGUGCGCCGUGGCGACGGCACGGUGAUCAGCUGGGGCGAUGAGUUGCUCGGGGGCGACUGCAGCGCGGUGCAGCAGCAGCUGCGCAACGUCACCGGCCUCCGCGCCACCUUCUGGGCCUUCGCCGCCCUCCGCGAGGACGGAACCGUGGUCACUUGGGGCGAUGGCUGGCGUGGGGGCGAUAGUUCCAGCGUUCAGAAGCAGCUGAAAGGGGUACAAGAGAUCCACGCCAGCAGCGGUGCCUUCGCAGCCAUCUUGGCAGAUGAGACGGUGGUGACCUGGGGAGAUCCCGAUUCGGGUGCAGAUAGUCGACGAGUCCAAAGUGAGCUCCAUCACGUCCAGCAGAUCGCGGCAAACAAGGGGGCCUUCGCAGCAUUGCGAACUGAUGGAUCCGUUGUGACUUGGGGGGAUCCAGAGUAUGGCGGUGACAGCAGUGAAGUUCAGGAUCAGUUAAGGCAUGUGCAACAAGUGGAGGCGACUGACUGCGCUUUUGCAGCCGUUGCCAACCAUGGCGUGGUGGCAUGGGGCCUGCCACACUCGGGAGGUGACUGCCGAAAGAUCCAGAAGCAGGUGAUGAGUUUCUGA